AAGGAAACAAGUUUUGAAUACAAAUGAGCUUCUCUCUAGUGGCACAGAUACCACACAUCCCUCUCUCUCUCUUACUCACACACGAAUACACAAUCUUCCACACACGCUGCCUCUCGGUCUGUAUUGGAAGACAGCGCAGCACAUGCAGUAAUUCCCGACACUUAAUUGAUUAGCCCAGGCUGCUUAUUUGAAGUGGCUAAUUAGAGGGGGAGUGUGUCGAGUGUGUGAGGAGGGCUGGGGAGUCGCUAGCGCUCUUUAUCUCCGUGCGCGUGUGUCUGUCUGAGGAGCUCCAGUACCACGCUUCACUCUGGAGCAUCAGGAGGAGGAGAGAAGAAGAAGAGAAGAGAUAGAGAGGCAGCUGGGUGGGGAGAUUUUCACUACACUUUCCCUCAUCUGAUAUGGCCUCCGCGUAGGAAUCUGGUGCCACGGCAACAGAGGAGCUAGGCAGCAGCGAGGUGUCUAAGGUGUGAGGAGAGAGAGAGUGCUGGAGAGAGGACAGGAGAGAGAGAACGAGAGAAUGAUGGCGGCGGAGGAGGAGAAGCCGGGUUUGAAGAGCAGCAGCUCCAUAGUUCCCUGCUUCUUGUUUGUUGAGCUGGUGAUCAUGGCAGGGACGGUUCUCCUGGCGUACUACUUUGAGUACACAGACACGUUCCCCGUGCACAUCCAGGGCUUCUUCUGCUACGACAAGACGUUCUCCAAGCCCUACCCCGGCCCGGAUGACACCAGCAAGAUACCCCCACUGCUGGUCUACUCACUGGUUACAGGCAUCCCCUGCUUCACGAUCCUGGUAGGGGAGCUGAUGGCGUUCUUUCUGAAGGCUGAGGGGACGCAAGAGAAGACCAUAGUGACAGCAGACUGCUGCUACUUCAACCCCCUGCUGCGACGCAUCGUCCGUUUCCUAGGGGUGUUCUCCUUCGGCCUGUUCACCACCACCAUCUUUGCCAACGCGGGUCAGGUGGUGACAGGAAACCAGACGCCUCACUUCCUGUCUGCCUGCCGGCCUAACUACACGGCCCUGGGGUGCACAUCCAACAUGCAGUACAUCACCCAGCCCCGUGCCUGCACUGGAAACCCCCUGGUAGUGGCAUCCGCACGCAAAUCCUUCCCCUCCAAGGACGCAGCCCUCAGUGUCUACUCUGCAGUCUACACUGUGAUGUAUGUGACGCUGGUAUUCCGGACCAAAGGCACUCGGCUGACCAAGCCUACGGUCAGCCUGACCCUGCUAUGCCUGGCCAUGCUGGUGGGAGUGGUCAAGGUGGCAGAGUACCGCAACCACUGGGCCGACGUCCUGGCCGGCUUCUUCACUGGAGGAGCCAUCGCUGUGUUUCUGGUGACGUGUGUGAUCAACAACUUCCAGCAGACGAGGCCCCCUCCCCUUCCCCCGCGACCCCAGCGCCCUGAGUCGGUGCUAGGCAUGCCCAUGGUGGCUCUGCCCUGUGUGGAGAGUCCACUCGAAAAGUUAAGUGGAACUCAGCAUCCUGCACUCUCCUCCUCCUGCCCUCCCUACAAUCCCUACGUUCACCACCCAUUUUGACCAACUUUGGAUCUUUUUCUCUUGCUCCUCACUCGUUUUUCUUUUUUUCAUCACUCUUUCCACCCCAUCUUUCUCUGUCUCUUUCAUUCCCUCUCUCUCUCCUUCUUCCUCCCUCUCUUCUCUUCUGUCCCUCCCUCUCUCUUUUUCACUCCUCUCUCUCCCCUGCAGACUCCGAGGGGGUCUCCUUUCACAGAGAUCACAUGACCAUCAGCCGUAUCGGUUCCCCGCCACCCCAGAUGUCCUCAUUCCGUCUCGCUCCAUUUCCAGCGAAGUCUAGACCAGCCACACGAACAUGAACACUCACACGAACACCACUGCGCCGCCCAUCCGGCAGGCCGCUACUCCACCCUCUACAGAUCCUACUCCACGCAGGUCUAGACUUUCAAAACACACGCACACAAACACAACACACACAGCAUACUCAGACCUCUACGAACCUCCCCCUAACCUUGUCCAAGCCCAAACCCCUGGGGGAACCGAAAGGUGAGCUCAUAAAGUGAGACUCACAAAGA